AUGUUCCUGCACACUGUUGGUCACAAUUUGAGAAAUCGUGUGAUUGGAUUUUUUGUCAAAAGAUCAAGUGAGAUAGUGAGUCGAUACUUCAAUGAGGUGUUAAGAGCUUUAUGUUAUCUUGCUAAAGAUAUGAUACAACUUAGAUCAAUAGACACUCAUUCAAAGAUAGUUAGUAACCCGGGCCGAUUCUACCCAUAUUUUGAGGAUUGCAUUGGAGCAAUUGACGGUACACAUGUCCCUGCAUUUGUCCCUGCGAAUAUAGUUAACAGGUUUAGAGGUCGGAAGUCCUAUCCAACGCAAAAUGUGCUUGCUGCAGUUGACUUUGACUUGAGGUUUACAUAUGUGCUUGCUGGAUGGGAGGGUUCAGCUCAUGACUCGGUAGUUCUCAAAGAUGCCCUUAAAAGAUCAAAUGGAAUUCAAAUACCUGAAGGAAAGUACUAUUUAGCUGAUGAAGGGUAUGCGGCAAGGCCUGGUAUACUGCCACCAUUUAGAGGUGUUCGAUAUCACCUGAACGAGUACGAAGGCAGGAAAGCACCAGAAACACCCCAAGAAUUAUUCAAUCUUCGGCAUUCCUCCCUUCGCACAUCUGUUGAGCGAGCUUUUGGAACCUUAAAGAAUCGUUUUAAAGUCCUUGCUAGCAAGCCAUACUUUCCAUACAAGGUCCAAGUGAAGAUAGUCAUAGCUUGUUGUGUUCUACACAACUGGAUACUUGAUAAUGGUCCUGAUAAUAUAAUAUAUGAUGAAGAUCGUUGGUUUAGGAGACUUCCUAGGUCAGCUAGAGUAGCUACAGAUCAGGAUGAGGAGCACAAGCAGUGGGUGGCAUUUAGGAACAAUCUAUCUAAUACCAUGUGGGAUGAACACUAGUGUUCUAGAAAUGUAUGCAAUAAUUAUUUUCAGUUCUAGUGCUGUACUCAAAGCUAGCCAUGGAUAUUAUUUUAUGAC